GGAACUACUUUGAAAACAAACAGUCUCUCGACACGCGAGGAAAUGCAAGAGGGGUUUCCCGCUCAAGGCAUUCACACAAGACAGUCAUGCGACUUCCAUUGGUAGAGUUUCUCAUCCAAUCCACCCAGGAGCUCGACGUCGGUCCGAUUGUCAAAUACGCCGCAUUGUCACUCUUGGCUGAUCGCUUCUAUCCCUCUCUGUCCAGGUUUGCACAAGGCAAUGACAAGGCGAAUUGGCUUUUGCAACCAAUUAGAGAGAGCAAUUUGCAGUUGUUUGCUCUUAUUUCUAUAUGGAUCUCAAGCAAAAUACAUGAUUCUUGUCCACUGCCUGUAAAAUGUUUGAAGUUUUUGGGAGACACAACUAUCAAGGAACAACAUUUUACGACUCGAGAUUUCCUAGAAGCAGAGGUGGUCUUUUUGCAGGUAUUGGAUUUUGAGAUUGGUACGGCAAACAAUGCUUUCGUAUUCUUUGAAGAGCUUUAUAUUCAGUUCAAGGGAGUAGCGAAGGUUGGAGAAUUGUUGAACUUUGAAGCAUGCAUGGAUAUCAUGGACCUUGUAUAUGAAAAGGAGGAAACAUCACUUCCUCAUAGUUCUCGUUUGCUUGCUGCUUCAAUCUUGGUUGCUUCAUAUGUCAUUACAGUCCCUAAAAAGAAGUGGGAGUUUCCGGUUCUCCCUUGGGUGAAGUUUGUAACCUCAUGCGAUGAAGAGCAUAUUAUAAGGAUCGUAACCGACAUUCUCAGGCAUGUGUUUGGGCCUUCUUGCUUGCUACAAGAUGAGCCCAGGAAACAAAGGAGAAAAGAUGGUGGAGUGCCAUUCAUCCAUUUCCAGAAAGUACUUUGUGGCACUUUAUGAGCUAUGGGCUCUACCACACGACCAGUUGAUUCCAUAGAUAAAGUUCUUUAAUUUCCAGUGUCUUGUGGUGGGGCCCUUUUGGAUCAAGGGAGAGAUGCCAAAACUUUUUACUUGCUGGUAUGGGCACCACCGCGCCGUACGUGGUUUCUGUUCUUAUUUCUUGUUUGUUCUCGAUUCUCUCGGUAAAGGCUAUGCAUGUCUUCUCUCAGUUGAAACCUCU